AAACACAUAUCUGAACCAGUCCUGGGCCUCCCCUAGGUCGACUCAGCUUCAAAUGAGUGCCAGGUGCAAUGAGUAAACAUCAGAACUGGGGAGACAAAGGUGGCCAGGCGUGGUGCUGGCCACCCUCUUGUGGCGUGCCGGCCUUCAUAUGUGCUCGCUAACGGCACUUGCCCCAACAGUGUGUUUAGGUAAAAAUGUUAGAUCUUUGUCUUUGCCUGUUUGGGUGAGUGUAGCAGCUGUGUGUGUGUGAGUCUGCCUGUUGGUGGUGGGAGGUCGUGACAGGUGGAUGUGUCCUGUACGAUGAGAGAACACACGGGCACGGCCGGGCGACACAUGGCACCACUAUCCACCACUCCGACUUUUCCAGACCAUUACCUCCCUCCGCCCCUCCGUGAUCCUCGCGAGGGGUUAACGAGGGGAACAAACACGGGGGACGGAGCUCGGCAAGCCGGCGCUGGGGCGAGGGGGGUGUUGUCAAUUGCGCGGCGAUGCGUGUCCCGGUGUCCCCCCUCCCAUCCUGUCCCCCCUCACCGGCCCCGCCGCGAGGGGCCUCACCUCGUCCCACUUGCGUGCUGGAGGCGACAGCAGCAGCAGCAGCAAGGGCCGAGAUGGAGGAGGGGAACAGCAGCAGCCACCGCCCGGGGAACGAGACGGAGCCCGGGUACGGGAUGGGCGCCUCAUUCAGCACCGCCGACAUCGUGGUGAUCGCCGCCUACUUCGCGCUCAACGUCCUCGUGGGCGUGUGGUCAUCGUGCCGCGUGAGCCGCAACACCUUGCAGGGCUACUUCCUCGCCGGGAGGGACAUGGCGUGGUGGCCGAUCGGAGCGUCUCUGUUCGCCAGCAGCGAGGGCUCGGGGCUCUUCAUCGGCCUCGCGGGGACCGGCGCAGCAAGCGGCAUCGCGGUGGCGGGGUUCGAGUGGAACGCCACCUACGUGCUCCUGGCGCUCGCCUGGGUGUUCGUGCCCGUGUACAUCUCAGCAGAGAUCGUGACGAUGCCCGAGUACCUGCAGAAGCGUUUCGGCGGGGAGCGCAUCCGCAUGUACCUGUCCGCGCUCUCCCUCCUGCUCUCCGUCUUCACCAAGAUUUCCACCGACCUCUACUCGGGGGCGCUGUUCAUCCACGUGUGUCUCGGGUGGAACCUCUACCUCUCCACGGUGCUCAUGCUGGUGGUGACAGCACUCUACACCAUCGCGGGUAAAGCCAACGGGCCGCAUCACCAGCGCCAUCAGGGUUUCUUCAAUUAUAUGUUCAGAAUCUGCCUCUUUUCCUUCAACUAUUUCACGAUAUCAUCUUCAGAAAUUGGGCUGAUCAUCAGAAAUUGGCUGAACAUCAAUUUCACUUUCCUUCUCAUCAACUAUCUCCAAGAACACUACACCUGA